UGCAAAACGAAGAACCAGGUUCCAAAAACGUUCGAAUAGCGAAUGAAAUGUGAUUCCGACGGUGAUCCGAUUGAGUGAAAUUACACCAAACCGUGCGGUGAAGUAUUGAAAAACUUCCGAGAACCAUCAUCAAAAGGAACGCUGCGACCGGAUUUGACCAAAACCGAAGAUGAGACCACCCACGGCAGCACUUCCCAUCAUUUUGGGGCUUUCUCUGAUAGGCAUCAGCGGUGCUUAUCUGUACAUGCUGCUGAAGAAAAAGCGCUCCCCAGCCAAUGGCGAUGUGAUCGAUUUUCGCCCGAGAAGCGUAUCGAAAAGCGGCGUGGUCGUUGCCGAAAUUACUGUGUCCAACAAGCUCGUCCCGCUGGUGAUUGGCCGCAAGGGCUAUACGUUGAAGCACAUCCAGCAAACAACGGGAACCGAGAUAACGUUCCGCGAGCAGGACGAAACGAGUCAGCUUUGCCGCAUCCAGGGUGCUUCAGAAGAGGCCGUACGGCGGGCGAAAGAAAUGGUACAGACCGAACUAGUCCGUCCCGUAACUGUGACGGAGGAAGUGUUUGUACCGCAGGCAGCGUGUGGUAAAAUAUUGGGACGCUGUGGCGAUGCAUUGCAGGAGAUUUGCCGCACAUCGAUGGCCAAGGUAUGGCUGGAGGGUCGUGCACGGAACGAAACCGAACGACGGGUCAUGAUCACCGGAACCCAGGCGCAGAUAGACGUGGCCAAGCAGCUCAUCGCUCACAAGGUGCAGGAAGAUGCCGAGUGCCGUAAGCUGCUGACCGAACGCCAAUCACGUGAACCCCGCAUACGAACUCCUCCCUCCAGCGCGGCACCAACUCCGACGCCGGGUGACCAGGCGCCCACUAAUCCACCGCUCAAACCGGUGACGGUAGAAAAACUCAGUGGCCCCAGCAGUUUCGGCACCGGCCAAAUGGAGGUGUUUGUGUCGGCCGUGGUGUCGCCAAGCAAAUUCUUUGUUCAACUCGUCGGUCCACAGUCUGCCGAGCUGGAUGCGCUAGUCGACAGCAUGACUGAAUACUACGGCCAGGCACAAAAUCGCGAACUGCAUCGGAUUCGAAAACCAUACCUCGGUCAGAUUGUAGCCGUCGAGUUUAACGCCGACAACAAGUGGUACCGGGCGGAAGUGAGCGCCAUCCUCCCGAACGAAUACCACGCGGGCGAGAUCGUACUGGACCUAUACUUUGUCGAUUAUGGCGAUAACCAGUACACCAAUCCUACGGAAGUAUACGAGUUGAGACCGGAUUUUCUGGCGCUGCGGUUUCAGGCGAUUGAAUGUUUUCUGGCCAAAGUGCAACCGUUGCAUUCCAAUCCGCUCAGCAACCCGCUCGAAGAUGACUGGGAUACGCAGGCUACGAACAGAUUUGAAGAGCUGGCACAUGUGGCUCGAUGGAAGAAGAUUGUUUCGAAAAUUGUUACGUACCGCAAAUGCAAGAGUUCUCAGCAUGGCCGCGAAAGCUCCCCCGUACCGGGUGUAGAGCUGUUCGACACGGCUUCGAAUGGAACGGAUCAAAUUAACAUAGCGCACGAAUUGGUGGCCGCCGGGUUGGCCAAGUAUGCGGCCAACGAAUGUUCCGACGAACUUACGCGCAGCCAGUUGUUCCGGUUAGGCCUGGCCAGUGGUGGCUCCCAGUCAUCCAGUGUCGAUAAGCUUGAAGAUGCCAGCGGUUCGAGUAGCACUUCCGCUGCAACCGUCGUAUCGUUGAGCAAGCAACAGCCUGUUUCUCAUCAGCGCGUCACCGUGUCUCACAACGAUCCACCCAGGCAUGCCGAUGCCAAAGGUCUGACCAAUGGAACACACUAGACGAAAGAAGUAUUGAUAAUUGGAUAUCUGAAGCAUUAUAAAUUGAAAGUAAUAGGCAGCUCGAAUCCAGAAGGUUUAACGUUAGGUUGGCUGUUUGUGGCGUGUGUGCGGCUUUUGCAUUCUACCGGGUUCCUUGUAUCUUCCGUUCCGUAUGGCACCAUCCCGGACUGUCUAAACAGUAUCGUCAUGAAAUGCUUUUUUGAAAAGCCUCGUUACGUUUGCAGUAUGAAACGCUAUUUGUUCUUGUUCCUUCAGUUUCCAAUUGUUAAAUGGAUCUGCUUGAUAGUAGAGUGUAGGAAGAGUAGAAAUAAGUAAUUAUUUAAACACACCGGGAUCGGAUCGCGCUGUGUUAUCGGUCUUUAUGUACUUGAAAUAAAAAUGAAGAUAGAAAGAUUGAUUUAAUUGAUAGUAUUGCUGAUGAAAUAAGCACCAUGAACUCGUGCAUCGUCGUACUCCAAAUACUUAUUUGAAUAGCAUUUUUAAAACGGAAGUACAGGCAAAGUGUAUCAAUGCUGGUAGUGCUCGAAGUUGAUUGUGUAAAAAUGUACAGGAAUUUACUCGAUGCAUGGUUAUGACCAAGUCAAGACAGUAACGUGACUAUCCGACAGAUAACAUUUUUGAACAGAGUGAUUCAGACCAAGGCAACACUGAUGGAAGGAUGAACAGAUAGCUGUGCCAAAACCGUGUAAUCGUUUAAAUUAAACAAGUUAGAUGAAAGAUUGUUUGAUAUCUUUAUCAUGAGACAGAAGAAAGCAGUGAAGUAUCGGCAUAUCGGAAGAGAAAUAUCGUCACACAGAUGAAACUACUCACAUAUAUCUUUCAUCCACGUUUGCAGUACAUAGAGACAUCUGGUUAUUUUUACGGAUUUUAUAGGAUGGAAAAUAGUUGUUAGAAUCGUUUCUCAUUUGCGAAAGUAAAUAAACUAGC